AUGGCAUUUGAUAAUGCUGGAACACCAACAACUAUUCUGGUAUCCCAUAAUCCGGGGGACAGGUUUCCUGUUGGCCAGGUGACCACUGUCCUCUACAGAUACGCUGAUGCUGCAGGCAACACAGGCGACUGUCAGUUUGAUGUGACUGUUACACGUGAUGUUGACAAUGUGCCUCCUGUGAUCAACUGCCCAGCCAACAUCAUUCAAGAAGUCACGACUGGCAAUCGGAAUGGAGUUGAAGUAACGUGGAAUUUACCCACAGCUAUAGACAACAGUGGAUCUACGCCAACUGUCAUUCUGACCUCAGAUCAACAGCUGGGACCCGGUGCCUUCUUCCAGUUCGGAAGUUACACCAUUGCUUAUAGCGCCGUUGAUGGGGCAAGCAAUUCCGCCGAAUGUUCCUUUACUGUAACUGUUGUGGAUCGUGUACCACCUGUGAUCACUUGCCCAGCUGACAUCACCCAACGAGUCACGACUGGCAAUCGGAAUGGAAUUGAAGUAGAAUGGAGUCCUGCAACAGCCACAGACAACAGUGGAGCUGAACCAAAUGUCUCCCUGGGCUCAAAUGCACAACAAGGACCUGGUUCCUUCUUCCAGUUUGGAACCUACAGUAUUCUCUACAUUGCCUCAGAUGGGGCAGGCAAUUCCAGGACAUGUUCUUUUACUGUGACAGUUGUCGACAAUGUGCCUCCUGUGAUCAACUGUCCAGCCAACAUCAUUCAAGAAGUCACGACUGGCAAUCGGAAUGGAGUUGAAGUAACGUGGAAUUUACCCACAGCUACAGACAACAGUGGAUCUACGCCAGCUGUCAUUCUGACCUCAGAUCAACAGCUGGGACCCGGUGCCUUCUUCCAGUUCGGAAGUUACACCAUUGCUUAUAGCGCCGUUGAUGGGGCAAGCAAUUCCGCCGAAUGUUCCUUUACUGUAACUGUUGUGGAUCGUGUACCACCUGUGAUCACUUGCCCAUCUGACAUCACCCAACGAGUCACGAUUGACAAUCGGAAUGGAAUUGAAGUAGAAUGGAGUCCUGCAACAGCAACAGACAACAGUGGAGCUGAACCAAAUGUCUCCCUGGGCUCAAAUGCACAACAAGGACCUGGUUCCUUCUUCCAGUUUGGAACCUACAGUAUUCUCUACAUUGCCUCAGAUGGGGCAGGCAAUUCCAGGACAUGUUCUUUUACUGUGACAGUUGUUGACAAUGUGCCUCCUGUGAUUAACUACCCAGCCAACAUCAUUCAAGAAGUCACGACUGGCAAUCGGAAUGGAGUUGAAGUAACGUGGAAUUUACCCACAGCUACAGACAACAGUGGAUCUACGCCAACUGUCAUUCUGACCUCAGAUCAACAGCUGGGACCCGGUGCCUUCUUCCAGUUCGGAAGUUACACCAUUGCUUAUAGCGCCGUUGAUGGGGCAAGCAAUUCCGCCGAAUGUUCCUUUACUGUAACUGUUGUGGAUCGUGUACCACCUGUGAUCACUUGCCCAGCUGACAGCACCCAACGAGUCACGACUGGCAAUCGGAAUGGAAUUGAAGUAGAAUGGAGUCCUGCAACAGCCACAGACAACAGUGGAGCUGAACCAAAUGUCUUGCUGGGCUCAAAUGCACAACAAGGACCUGGUUCCUUCUUCCAGUUUGGAACCUUCAGUAUUCUCUACAUUGCCUCAGAUGGGGCAGGCAAUUCCAGGACAUGUUCUUUUAUUGUGACAGUUGUUGACAAUGUGCCUCCUGUGAUCAACUGCCCAGCCAACAUCAUUCAAGAAGUCACGACUGGCAAUCGGAAUGGAGUUGAAGUAACGUGGAAUUUACCCACAGCUACAGACAACAGUGCAUCUACGCCAACUGUCAUUCUGACCUCAGAUCAACAGCUGGGACCCGGUGCCUUCUUCCAGUUCGGAAGUUACACCAUUGCUUAUAGCGCCGUUGAUGGGGCAAGCAAUUCCGCCGAAUGUUCCUUUACUGUAACUGUUGUGGAUCGUGUACCACCUGUGAUCACUUGCCCAGCUGACAUCACCCAACGAGUCACGAUUGACAAUCGGAAUGGAAUUGAAGUAGAAUGGAGUCCUGCAACAGCCACAGACAACAGUGGAGCUGAACCAAAUGUCUCCCUGGGCUCAAAUGCACAACAAGGACCUGGUUCCUUCUUCCAGUUUGGAACCUUCAGUAUUCUCUACAUUGCCUCAGAUGGGGCAAGCAAUUCCAGGACAUGUUCUUUUACUGUGACAGUUGUGGAUCGUGUACCACCUGUGAUCACUUGCCCAGCUGACAUCACCCAACGAGUCACGACUGGCAAUCGGAAUGGAAUUGAAGUAGAAUGGAGUCCUGCAACAGCCACAGACAACAGUAGAGCUGAACCAAAUGUCUCCCUGGGCUCAAAUGCACAACAAGGACCUGGUUCCUUCUUCCAGUUUGGAACCUACAGUAUUCUCUACAUUGCCUCAGAUGGGGCAGGCAAUUCCAGGACAUGUUCUUUUACUGUGACAGUUGGUAAGUUUUUUCAUCAAGGAUGUGUUUUUUUCCUGAAAUCAAGAAAAAAGUGUGUCAGUUGUGUAAAGUGAUUAAUUUAGUCUCAUUUCAAAAACGAUAAUUGUUUUGGACAGGGGUUAUUGAACAUUCCUGCUAUAAUGUUUGUACAACAGACACCAAUGAAAGAUCUUGAAGUUGCACCUAUAUUAAGAUUAAAUUAGAAAUAAUAGACUUGGGUAAUUAGUAGGCAUUUAAUUAAGGUCUGCGAAACCAACCAGUACAUCAAACUCCGGUUACUUUUUACAUGGGUAAACGUUUGCGGGAUCAAGAAUCGUUAACAAACAUAAUUCAUCAAACAUAAUUCAUCCUACACAACAUAAAUUGUUUCAUUCAGUGCACGGCAUUAAAUAAGAACACCAAAAACAAAAAUAUUAUUUUUUUCUGUAGAAUUUUCCAGGGCAAAAGAUGAAAUCACAAUGUUUUUGAUGGGCUAUUCAUAUGUUUUACUAAUAAUCUU